CCGGCAGGCUUUGCGGCAGCUAUGCCUCGGUGUAUCCCGUUAGGCUUUGCGGCAGCGAGGCCUCGGUGUAUCCCGGCAGGCUUUGCGGCAGUAACGCCUCGGUGUAUCCCGGUGUGCCGCACGCUCCGCCCCGCCGGUUCUCAGCGUGUUCCGGCCCUAACGCGGAAGUAGCGGCGAUGGCGCAGGGCCGGCCCAAGGUGGCGGCCAAGCGUCCCAAGGCGGCGGCGGCGGCGGCGGCCCGGGGUACUCGGGGCCCGCGGAAGGGAGGUCGCACCAUCGCCCCGAAGAAGCUCCGUGUGAUCCAACAGCAGAAGCUGAAGAAGCGCCUGGAGGUCGGGAUCCGGAUGCGGAUCGAACGGGAGACGGUGCAGCGCGCGCAGGGCGGCCUCCCCAAAAAGCUGGCGCUGGUCACGGCGCCAGGCCCCGCCAAGGGCAAAGCCAAGAAGGGCCGCGGCUGAGACCCCCGGGGAACGCCCUCUGAACCCUCCUUCAGUGCCCUCCCCGAGGAUCUGCGGGACUCCGGGCUGUUCUCAGCCCCCCAUCGUUGUUUAAUAAAAGGGGUUUGUGGGCGGCGGUCCCCCCCCGCACCCCCGA